AGAUAGGAAUCCGAAGGGUGGUUCGAGUGCGGACUCGCCGGCCCGCCGACCCCAUCCCGACGCACGCACUGGGCUCUGGGCACCGGGUACCGGGAGGUGGUCGUGGGUUGAGGCUUGGUCUUCCGACCGGAGUAUCAGGACAGCGCUGCCAGCCCCGGGGCAGGUUUUCAAUUUGAGUAUUCUUUAAAGGAAACGUGGGUAAAGCCUUAUAUAAAGAAGAGAGACUCCAAUCAGCAAUAUCAAUAAUAAGUUGGAAAAGAACAAUGUUGUCCUUAAACAACCUGCAAAAUAUCAUCUAUAACCCGACAAUCCCCUAUGUUGGCACCAUUUCUGAGCAACUGAAGCCUGGCUCUUUGAUUGUAAUCCGUGGACAUAUUCCUAAUGAUGUGGACAGAUUCCAGGUGGACUUGCAGCAUGGCAACAGCCUGAAGCCGAGGGCUGACGUGGCCUUCCACUUUAAUCCUCGCUUCAAAAGGUCCAACUGCAUUGUUUGCAACACGCUGACAAAUGAGAAAUGGGGCUGGGAGGAGAUCACCUACGACAUGCCCUUCCAAAAAGAAAAGUCCUUCGAGAUCGUGAUCAUGGUGCUCAAGAACAAAUUCCAGGUGGCUGUGAAUGGAAAGCACGCUCUGCUGUAUGCCCAUAGGAUUGACCCAGAGAAGAUAGACACACUGGGCAUCUAUGGCAAAGUGAAUAUUCACUCCAUUGGGUUCAGCUUCAGCUCGGUGUGUAAGUCUGGCAAAGCACAUUUGAGCCUGCCAUUUGAAGCAAGGUUAAAUGCCUCCAUGGGCCCUGGACGAACCGUUGUCAUUAAAGGAGAAGUGAAUACAAAUGCCAAAGGCUUUAACGUUGACCUAGUGGCAGGGAAAUCAAGGGACAUCGCUCUACACUUGAACCCACGCCUGAACAUGAAAGCAUUUGUAAGAAAUUCCUUUCUUCAGGAUGCCUGGGGAGAAGAGGAGAAAAAUAUUACUUGCUUCCCAUUUAGUCCUGGAAUGUACUUUGAGAUGAUAAUUUACUGUGAUGUCCGAGAAUUCAAGGUUGCGAUAAACGGUGUGCAUAGCCUGGAGUACAAACACAGAUUUAAAGAGCUAAGCAGUAUUGACACAUUAGCAGUUGAUGGUGAUAUCCGUUUGCUGGAUGUAAGGAGCUGGUAGCUACCAUGAUUGCCACCAAACCAUAAAAUACAAAAUGGCUUAUGUGAUACUGGCCAUGUCAAAUGCAUCUGGCUUUCACCACAUUGUUUAUGUUGUUAAGUUGAGCUCAUACAAAGUCAAGUUCUAUCUGGUAUCUCAGGCCUGGCCAUGCAGUGUGGCUACCUCUAUGUUUAGAGGAACAAAUCUGGGGCAAUCCCAGCUUACCACUGGUGAGGCUCUGCACAUAGGGUCCCGUAUUAUAAAACCACAUUCAGCAAAUAUUAAAGUGCCUGCCUACUCUAAUAUACUAAUUAAUGGGGAUGGAAGGUAUAUUCCCUGUGUAUAUUCUCUGAGUUGGGCAUAGACACAGGUGCCCAGAACCAGUGUGGUCCCUGUUUUCUGGCACUCACCCGCCCAUGACCCCCCACUGUAGGGUCUUUCUGCUGACAUUGCAUUAACCCCAUUAGGGGGCAUUUGUAGUUAAGGUCAGAAAAACAUACUAAUGGAUGGAAAACAUUACUUCCUCAGUAAUCCUUUUCAUAAUCCACAUCCUAUCACAUCUUAUAUGACUGUAUAACACUUAUUUAGCUGUCGUUGCUUUAAGCUUUAUAAAAUAAUUAAUAUGCUGAACAUGGCAGAAAAAUUGAGGCAAAAACCCCCCAAAACUGAAUUAGAACAAGUGUUCUGCUCCAAGCAGAUUUCUGCUUACUGGCUCUCAAGUCUGUGUGUGCCUGUGGCAAAGUGUGUAGGGAAUGGAUAAAUGCAGUUUGUUAAACCUUCUUGCGUAACUGACAUCAGGAUGAGACUUAGUGAAUGUAUAGAACAGGCACUAUCAAAGCAAAACCUACACAGGAGUAAUGUUAAGCUUGAGUUGGAGUGUAAACCAGCCCUUGCCCCUGAAGACAGACAUGUCUGUCUACAUCAGCAGUGAGAUCAGACACUGCUCUGUCUGCUAAGUCAACUUGCAUCAGCAAAUUCAACUGCCACACUCCUAUAGCUUCAAUUAUUUGACUGGAGCUGGGAGAAGCCCUAGGUAAAGUCUUUACGGUUCUGAUCUUGUUACAGAUAUGGUGUUGGGAGGGAGAUGAGCUAAUUUCAUCAGGUCAUUUUAUGACUAAACCACAGGAUAGAAUUUUGCCAGGGCUUAGGAGUAUGCACAGCCAGUUCUCCCAGACAGAUGUAUUCUUACAUAGGAAAUAAUACCGUCACCAUUUCUUACUUUUUAGGAAGUGCUCAAUGCAGCAACUGCUAGCCCUUCAUUCCUUUUAUGGAAAUCCAUUAUGCCAACUACUGAAAAACUCAAGCUAUGGGGAGUUGUAUGUAGAGCCGGACAAUCUGUCGGGAGCCCAAGAGGCUCUAGAUAUGGGGUGGUGUGUGUAACUGGGCAAUCUGGGGAACCCAGAAGGCUCUAGAAUUCCCCAGCUCUGAAACGCACUCGGGGAAAAUAAAAACCCAUUAUUUUCAUUUCUGUUUUACACAAAACUAUGAAGACUGAUUUUGAAUAGAAUCAAUCUUAAUUCUUAGAUUCUUGGUCUUUAAAAAAAGCUGCUGGAAUUUAAGCUGUGAGAUGUUUCAUUGUAUAUUUCUAAGUUUUUAUCUCUAAAAUGCAAAAUGACCUUUUUGUUUGUCAUAAUCCUACAUUAAAGUUUUAUAUUAAAUUAGAAUGAAUACUCUCUGGAAUAGGUCUUCCAUGCUGUAGAUACUGAAGGCAAACUGGCUUAAUUCUAUUUGAACUCUCAUUUUCAGCCUCACUGUAACAGUAGCAGAUAGAACUACAAAACCGUCAAUGGCAUUGCUGUCCUUCCCCAGAGCUGUCAGAUAGGUGUGGCUGUUUCCCAAACAAUGGAAACAGCACAGCCUGAAUGCUGCUGCAGGGGGCCUUUUCCUUGACCCAGACCACUACUUAUACCACAGACAAACAGUGAGAUCCCGUGCUUCAGAGAAGCACCACGUCUCAGGUACCAAACACACCAGUCUCAUCUGGAACACCAGCCAGAACAAAGACAAAUACCAGACAGUUUGUAUAAAACACUAUUCUAUUUACUCCUUAGCAGCUCUGUACAAAAGGCAGGAGAAGCUUCUGUGGGAGUCCAGACAGGUAGGGAUUUUGUAAAAACAUUACAUAUCGGCAGAUGUGAAAGUACCAAAAGUAAUAUGGCACCACACCCACCACGUAAGAACAUGAGGAUGAACUCUGUGACAGAGCACCAGCUGCAGGUGGAUUCUGCUUCAGAAGUAGCUCUGCAGCGGCUCGCCCAGCACGGCCUCCAGUUGCUGGAUGGUCUUCUGGCACUGAUGCUCCACUUCCUCACAUUCAUCUGACAGACAAGACCCAGAAUUAGGAGUGUGCCUGCAGCCGUCCUGCCUAACAGCCACUGCGCACAGAAGCAUCCAGCAGACUAGGACCUGAGGUCCUCCCUCACCGACCCCCACUCCUCCACAGGCAUGUUCUUGUCGCUGCCAAAGAGGACCAAGCCACAAGAAAGGGGCCACAUUCAAAUCCAAGCUCCAGGAGCUCCCACAGCCCUUGCUAACACCAGACAUAACAGAGCAUGUUUCUGGCCAGAUGUCCAGCCAGUGAGACACAAACGUACCUCUCCUUCCUCACCAUCCCCAUUACUAUGAAGGCACUGGGAGGGACAAUGCAGAGGCAUGUCGAUGAGAGGUGAAUCCCUGCUGAAAGCAGCUUCACCUGCCAUUUAGUGCUAUUAGCAACGUCUUUAGCUUUCCAAGUUCCUAGUUUCUUAGAGGGGCAGUGUGAACCCACUGUAAGAUUAUGUCAGCACCUAACACCGAGUACCAGUAAGUAUAGCUCAGCAUUCCAGUGGACCACUGAUUAUAACAUGAUGGCACAGACAAUGACUCAUGUGAAUAUUUGAAGUUAUUUCAUAAAUAAUACCAUGGCCCACAUGAGCAGUAACACACUGCAAGCUGCUCUUAGUGACUGUGAGGUGACAGCUUCCUGACUUGUGCCCCAGGCAUGGCAGAGAGGACUCAACAAACAGAUCUGUGUCAGGGAGCCUACAGCCACAGGAUUCUGCAUCAUUGUUUAUUAUAAUGCUUCAGACUUACCUUCCAUCAAUUCUGCUAGAAAAGGAAUGGACUCUGGAAGCAGAACAAUGUAAUUCUCUCUCAGCUUUUCAGCCACUGCUAAGACAGUAAUCAAGGCUGCAAACCGCACCUGGAAGGAACAGGUAUCAAGAAGGAGACUGUUUCAUCUGUCCCCUACCGUAAGACCUGACCUGACUGACACCCUCACUGUGAUCGCUCAGUGUACACCAUACACACACACUAUGUGCCCAUGUGAGGGCUACUUAGGAUGCGGGUAAUCUACUUACCAGUGUUUUUCACUGUGUUCUAGCACUGUAGCACUUUAAAAUGUGAAAAAAAAAAAAGAUUGUGUUUUCCUUUACAAAAACCAAAACAUAACAAAAAGCAAGAGCCAGUAAGACGGCUCAGUGGGUAAAGGCGCUUGCCACCAAGCCUGGUGGCCUGAGUUCAGUCCUCAGGACCACAUAAUGAGGGAAGGAGACACUGACUCUUGCAAGUUGGCCUCUGACCUCCACACCUGUGUGACGGCAAGUGCAUGCCCCACCCUAAUAACACAUGCAAACUUAAGGGAGUCAUAAAUGUAACUAAACUGGGGAUAGUCUGUUGGAUUGCCAGAGAUAGUACCAACGUGGUGAUGGAAGGCGUCGGCCAUACCUCACAGCCCCUGUAUGGCCAAGACACCACCUGGCUAGUCUAAUUUCAGCACUGAAUAAGAGUUUGGGUGUUUCAUCAUUUCUUGCCUAUCAUGAGCAAUGCAAGUGACAUGAGGUAUUGACAGCAGGCUACUGAAAUAAAACAGUCCUUUUUCUAAUUUGGAAUAAUUUUCAGAAUAAAAUAUAUUUAAUCAAGAUUUUCUUAAUAUGUAAUCAAAAUACUAAAAUAAAUUUGUUUCUGCUACUGUGUAAGAACGCCUAAUAAAUGUAAUAAAAGUCUGCUUUUUACACCA